AAGGGGCGGAGCCUCCGGCGGCGGCGACUUCGAACCCGCGCGGCUAGCGAGGUGGACCGGGCCCGCGUCUCCAUGCACCAGCACCGCCCAGAGCCUGCUGGCCCCAGGCUGGAGAGCGGGCCUGGCGCCCCCUGCGGCCGAGACUCGUCAGCCCCACCCGCUGUUCCCUCGGAGGCGUGCGGCCCCUGGACCCUGUUCUCUGUGGACGAGGAUUUCGAGGACGAGGACUUCUUGUCUGCCGUGGAGGAUGCCGAGAAUCAGCUUGCUGGGGCACCGCCUGGGCCGGCAGGGCACCUGCAACCUGUGUCCCCCAGCCUGCAGGCACCGAGCCCAAGCCCACCAGCCCUGCACCCCUCGGCUGCUUUGGCGGCACAAUGCCCACCCGCCUUGAGACUUUGCCCUGCUGCCCCCGACGUGCCCCGUGCCAUCAGGGACCCCCCAAGGCCGCACCUAACUUCCAGCAACUGGAUGGGCAGCCAGAGGACAGAGGGGACCUGGGGGGCGCUGGCCAAGGAUGAUCUGGAUGAGGUCCUGGCCAGCCUGGAGCUGGGCCUGGGGGCUGGUGCCAGGGGCCCCGCCCCAGCUAAAAGGGCCCGGGUCUUGGACCUGAGUGAGCUGACCUCGCGCCCUGUGGCUGCCCUACCCCUCCAGGAUCCCCCAGCGCCCACUGGGCCCCAAAGGACACCACGGCCACUCCUGAGACCUGGUGCCACCUGGGCAGGUGCCACCCCACCAGGGCAGCUUCCCCGGCCACUUGGCACCUCCUCGGGGGGCCCCUGCCACGGCAGCCCCCUGCCCCCUCCCCUCGCGUGUGCAGGCAGUAAACCUCGCCCUGCUGGACUCCAGGCUCCCGGCGCCUGUGCCCCUGCCACCCCUGGGACUGGCCGGGCAGCCUCUCCUCGGCUGCCCCCGGCACCCAGGGCCCCUGCAGCCUCGCCUGUCGGCACCCCAAGAGGGCCGCACUUCUCCCUGCAGACGCCCGUCGUCACCAACCACCUGCUGCAGCUGGUCACCGCCGCCACCCGCACCCCGGCCUACACCCGCACACGCCGCUUCCCCGGCCCGGCCGGGCUCCUGCCACAGCAUGGCGGAAAGAACCCAGAAGAGAUCGUGGUUUCCACGCCGCAGACUCCGGCCCACGGCGCGCUGGCCAAGCUCCGCGUGGAGGCCACCGUCACCAGCUCCCAGGCCCUGGCGGAGGAGGACUUUGGGCGUGGGCCCUGGCUGGCCAUGAAGGCGGCCCUGGGCCUGGACGAGGGCGACCCCGCCUGCUUCCUGCACACGUGCAGCGUGGCCAUGGUGCUGCGGAAGGCAGCCCUGAAGCAGCUCCCCGGGAACAAGGUGCCCACCAUGGCCGUGCUGGUCAAGUCCCUGACGCGCAGCACCGUGGACGCCAGCGUGGUGCUCAGAGACCCCACGGGGGAGAUGCAGGGCACGGUGCACCGGGCGCUGCUGGAGGCGCGGCGGGGCGCGCUGAGGCCAGGCGCUGUGCUGCUGCUGCGGCAGGUCGGGGUGUUCUCCCCGUCCCCCCGGAACCACUACCUCAACGUGACACCCAGCAACUUGGUCCACGUCUACAGCCCGGACUCCGGGGGCCAGGGCCUCCUCGGCCCCCCGCAGCCCGUCCCCCAGGGCCCAGGAAGUCCCCGGGGAAGACGCCAGGCAGAUGUGGCCCCUGAGGAGGAAGGUCCGGAUGCUGACGACCUGGACGGGCUCCUGAGCGAGCUGCCCGAGGACUUGUUCAGUGGCGGCGGCGGCUCGGGCCAGGCUGACGCAGGGCUACCGUGAGCAGCAGCCUGUGCCCAAGCCUGAGCGGCACCGGCGAGGCCCAGCCAGAGGCGGCAGCCAGCGGCCGGGAUGGGGUCCCCUGCACCCCGGCUCCACACCCAUCUUCUUGGAGCCUGCACGGGGGCCUCAGCUUCCUGGCACUGGCGUCCCAGCCUUGGCCGAGCCUGGCCCUGCCCUGUCCUUGCCCUGGCACCGCCCUCACCUACCUGCGGGACGGUGCCACCCCCAGCCUCCUUCCCCAGGGACACGAGAGGCUGGGGCCUGUGUCCUUGUCCCUUCCUUCCCGGGCCUGCAGCACAGAGGGUGACCCAGGCCACAGCCUGCCCAGGUCCAGUCCUGGAAUAAAGCUCUGUGUGUCCUCAGCAGGCACAGCACAGCG